GCUGCCGAGCGCUCAGGAUGCGCCGGGUGUCUGCGACCCUCCGCGGCAGGGCGAGGCCCCGGGGGCGGACCGGGAACGCAACGCCGGUCCCAGGGAACCGGACAGGCACCUGUGCUCAGCUCCAUCCGCCCCCUCGAGGCACCUUGCAAGUUGUCCGUGGAGAUGGCACCUCACUGGGGACUGUGCUCAUGUUCCACUGUCCCUCUGGACACCAGAUGGUGGGGUCUGGCCUCCUCACUUGCGCCUGGAAUGGGAGCAUUGCUGACUGGUCUUCAGGAAGCCCUGUGUGCAAAGCCAUCCCACCACAUGAGACCUUCGGCUUCAAGGUGGCAGUGAUCGCCUCCAUUGUGAGCUGUGCCAUCAUCCUGCUCAUGUCCAUGGCCUUCCUCACCUGCUGCCUCCUCAAGUGUGUGAAGAAGAGUGAGCAGCACCGUGCCGACAGGACCACACAGCUUUGGUACCAGCUGAGAGGCGAGGACCUGGAGACGGUACAAGCCGCCUACCUGGGCCUCAAGGGACACAACAAUAACAGCAGCAACAUCCGUGUUGGCCGUGGUGGCGGUGGUGGCCAUGGUGGCUCCAGUGUCGGCGGCAGCGGUGGUGGCGGAGGUGGCGGAGGUGGCGGCAAGCCAGGGCUUCGGCACAGCCAGGCCCAUGACAACCACAGCUUCACCACAGACCUCAGCGACAUCAGAGAGCAGGCUGGUGUGACACGCAGUACGGACAAAGACCCCUGGACUUUCGGGAUGGCAACUCAGAGCCCUGGUGGCUCCUCCAGCUCCCCAUGCACUUAUGUGAUGGUCCACCCAAUGAACUCUGCAGGGCCGGCCCCUGGAAUGCCCAUGAGGCCCAAAGUGUACCUUCCAGGGUGACCCACCAGUCAGAGGCCUGCCUGCAACUCAACACUUGCCCAGUUGGAGAUGGGCCAGGGGAGUCACAUCCAUGUAUAGAGAGCCCUUGGGAGCCAGCUGACUAAUGGUGGGGCCCCAGCAGGGAACUGUCUGUCCUGGAAGAGACCCCUGUAGCUGUUACAGGACCUGCUCAUUGAUCUGCUCCCGGGAUGAGGUCCCAAAGAAGCUGCUCCAUGACCAGAGUUCUUUUAAAGAGACUGAGACAUUUUAGCAGACAUAGUUUUGCAUAGUAGACUGUGAUAAUGUUAAUAAAGUACUUUGAGCAAUA